CAAUAGAAAAAUAGAAGAUAUAUUAUCAUCGACCAUACAACAUUAAUUAUUAAUAAAUUUUACAUAGAAAAUCGAAAACGACAUAUAAUUUGGAACAAAAAAAUUUCUCUAAAACGAUUUAUAUUAGAAAACGGAGGAAGUAUAUGUUUGUGUUUGUUUGUCAAGAAAUAAGAAACAAUGUUUUUUUUGGUAAACGAAGAGUACUAGGAGUCGAGUGUUUACUUGAAACAAUACACGUUCAGUUAAACACAACACACCCAGCCAAAAAAAAUCGAGCACAAAGUCAAACCAACACUUUGACCAAAUGUCUACAUGACACGUGUAUCUGUCUGCUACAUCAACAACAUCUUUAACCACACUGUCUCAUCAUUCCACCAUCUCCAUUUUAAUUUUUAUUGAAAAACAAAAAUAUCACCAAGACCAUAUCAAUAUCGAUUCUUCUUCUUCGAAAAAUAUAUUAUAAAAUAAAAAAUCCUCCACUAUAUAUAUACACACACACGUUCAAAUCAUUAGAUACAAACCAGAGAGAACAAAAAGAAAUGGGAAGAGGUAGAAGCUCAUCGUCUUCAUCAAUAGAGAGUAGCUGCAAAAGCAACCCAUUUGGUGGCUCUUCAAGUAAUACUCGGAACCUAAGCACGGACCUGAGGCUUGGACUCAGCUUUGGAUCAUCUUCCGGUCAAUAUUACAGCGGUGGAGAAAAUCAUGAAUAUGAAGUCGUUGCGGCUGAUCAUGAGAUGAUCAUGGAAGAAGAAGAAGAUCAAAACGAGUGUAAUAGUCUUGGAAGCUUCUACGUGAAGGUGAACAUGGAAGGAGUUCCUAUUGGAAGAAAGAUCGAUCUCUUUGCUCUUAAUGGAUACCAUGAUUUGAUCACAACUCUCGACUACAUGUUCAACGCUUCAAUUCUAUGGGCUGAAGAAGAAGAGAUGUGUAGCGAGAAGAGUCACGUGUUAACGUAUGCAGACAAGGAAGGUGACUGGAUGAUGGUAGGAGAUGUUCCUUGGGAAAUGUUCUUGUCUAGCGUGAGAAGACUAAAGAUCUCAAGAGCUUAUCACUACUGAUUUAAAAAGAAAAGCAAAGAUGGACUGUAGAAUUGACCAAUACAGUGGGUGAAAAAGUUAGUUUUGUAAUGAUGUAAAUCACUUGUCGAAGGUUUAUUCGAAGUUUUGUUUCUACUUGUAUUACGUAAUUUUAUUGUUCGGUUGUAACUUGUAAGGAGGAAAAAUUCAGACCCUUCUUAAGAAAUUUAUUUUUUGCUGUUUAUUAGUAUGAAAAAAUUGGUUGCAGAAAUUGCGUUACUAGUUUAUGAUUUGA